GCAAAGCAUUCAAAAAAACUGUAUGGAAAAAACCCAAUUGGCAAGCAAUAUCUCCAAUUAUGAAGACCAAGUUGUCUCUCUGGAAAUGGAAAGAAUCGGGGACACAAUCUCAAGCCUUCCUACUGAGGAUGGCUGGAGGACCCUCAAGCCUCUCUGCUUAUAUCAAGGCUUUUGGUGCUUUCCCUACUAUGCGGAAAGCAUCAUAUUAGGCCAAAAAUACUACAAGGCUGAACCAAGCGAUAUCUUUGUGUGCAGCGCUCCAAAGAGUGGCACCACUUGGCUUAAAGCCUUAACUUUUUCCAUUGUUACUCGAACUCGUUUCAACAGCUCAUCCAACCCUCUGCUCUUCCAAUCGCCUCACACUUGCAUGCCUUCCUUCCAUAGAAGUUUUAGCAAAAAGCUAGAUAUACGCGAGCCAGGGCUCCCACUCAUUGCCUCGCACACACCCUACGCUUCAUUGCCAAAAUCUGUAAAAGAUUCUGACUGUAAGAUUGUUUAUAUAUGUAGAGAUCCAAGGGAUGCUUUUGUUUCUUUGUUUCACUACAUAGCCAAGGUGAGGCCUAAAGAAAAUGAACCAAUUUCUUUAGAGGAGGCCUUUGAGCUAUAUUGUGAGGGGAAGUCUUUGUUUGGACCAUUCUGGGACAAUAUUUUGGGAUAUUGGAGGGCUAGUGUGGAAAGGCCUAGGAAGGUAUUGUUCUUGAAAUAUGAAGAUAUGAUGAAGGAUACGACAUUGAAUGUGAAAAAAUUGGCAGAAUUCGUGGGAUACCCUUUUUCCUUGGAGGAAGAACAGCAAGGGAUGGUGCAAAAAAUAAUAGAGAUGUGCAGUUUUGAGUUUAUGAGCAACUUAGAGGUAAACAAGAAUGGCAUAUCAAGACUCGCAACUAAUGUUGAAAACAAUGUAUUUUUUCGGAAGGGAAAGGUGGGGGAUUGGAAGAAUCAUCUCACACCUGAGAUGGCAAACCGUCUUGACAACAUAAUUGAGCAGAAACUAAUUGGAUCUGGCUUGACUUUCAAUCCAUAGUUGAUGGAAGAUAACAUAUCUUCUGAGGUAUUGUCUUCAAUAAAAUUACAUGGGGGAUUUUAUCUGGUCUUGGUAUGGGAAUAGUUAGCUUGUCUUUUACUUUGAAAAUCAUAAUUGUAAUCUUAAAUAAGUUCUGGGCGUGUUCAAUAUAUAGGAUUGGAAUGAGUAGCUUUCCUUUCGCUUAUGAUCAUCUCCAAUACACUUGUAGAUGUAUUUUGCUCAUGAUAUAUACAUGUAAGAUGUUUUGAACUUGUUUCGGAUUUGGAGCAUCUCUAAUUUUCUAGAUAAAUUCUCUUUUCUGAUUCAGAAUCUCCAUAUUUUUAGGUUGUGUUUGUUGUUGGGAAGUUUUCCCAACCUUCCCUAGAAUGUCAAGAGAUUUACUUGAACAGUGAAAUUAAAUUUUUUAUAAGAU